AUGGGUCAUGCAGCUCUGCUAUUUGAUUAUGUUCCCUACCGGGACCAGAUGGCCAAGGCGAUGGAUCUUUUGAUCCAGUAUUUCUCCAUGAUGAAUACUAUGACCAAGCUUGUGCUGUGCUCACUCAUCAUGAUGGUAGUGCAGCGGCAAAGGGCCAGCAAGAGAGCAGAAAUUGAAAAACAGAAGAAAUUUGAAGUUAUUUUAUCUACUUCAGAUUUUCCUCCUGUUGAACCCUUAAAAGACUUCAACUGGGAAAAGACCGAGCCGCUCAAGUUGAGACCGUAUAAGCCAAAAUACCACCUUACAAUGGCUCUCGAAAAUCUCGACCCCAAUGAGCUUAUCCCGAUGGAUAAGACAUACAAAGAACGGAUCACUCACCGUCGCGAACUGCUCAAGGAAUAUCCCGAUGUUGUCUGCCGCGUGAACAAGGACGACGCUGCAGACCCUCGAAUCCGCAAGGCGGUUGAGGAGCUAUAUAGGUACAUUAUGGGGAUAUAUCUACCCCGCAGAUAUCCGCAGAUGUUCAAACUUGCCCCGACCGAGUUCGAAACCGGGCCGUCCCUGAUGGUCCGCAAUCUUAUCACGAGGGAGCUCUUCCCAAUACAGAUCAGCCCAACUCGUUCGACAAGAAGUAUCUUGGAAACCUUGAUCAAAUCCGUGGAUGAGGAUAUGUUAAUCCUGCUGCCUGAACAGAAUAGUGAUGAUGAAGCUGUCGACAGCGAAAGGGGUGGAAACUCUCAGCACGAAAAGAAGGAAAUAGAUAGCGACGAUUCAUCUGCCGGCCACUCAGUUCCGGUCAAGUACGUCCUCCAGGCGUAUGCGACAUGUUUCCCGUCCGGUUUCGACACGCGGAAAAAACUUGGCAAAGUAUUAGCUGACAUCCACGAACCGGUGCCUGGGUACAAGGUAAAGCUGGAGAAGAGUAUGGAUCGGUUUUUCCACAAACUGGAGCCGGGCAAGUAUGUCAAGCGUGUCAAUUGGAGUGUUACGACAGGGGCGGAGCUGUUUGCGCCGUUUGGAGGCAUUCAUGCCGUGGAAGGGGAAGGGAUAACGCCGAUUAAGCUUGAAGAGCUGGAUGUUGCUAAUACCUUCCUGCGCUGUGAGCGUCAGACUCUCUACCGUCUGCCACAGUCUAAGGCCCUAGUGUUCUCAUUCCAUACAUACCGAUAUCCAAUCCAGGAAAUCAAGCAGGAGGGAUCGGGUGAGGACCUGGUGACGGCAAUUGAUGGUGUUAAGGAGGGCAGUAUGCCACAGAUGGCAUGUUAUAAACGGAUACAAGCGUGGGGAGAUGCGGUGAAAGAGUUUUUAAGAAGUUAG